AAUCGCUAUGCUAAGCCUAUGCCCCCGUAAGUUGCUGCCUCUGAUGGACACGAGCGUUUCGGGCAGUCCACAAGUUUGAGGUUGCUUUGGAGAACGUACAGUUGUAUGCUCAGUAUCCACCGCAACAAAAAGAGCUGCAGGUGCUCUUUUGUGAAAAAGAAUGUGAAGGACAACAUUCAAAUUAAACAAAAAAAUGUAAAUCCUAUUUGAAAUCAGAUGCACAUAAAAACUGAGUAUUCGGAAUUAAUCCUCCCAAUCAAAAAUCACCAGAAGUUUCAUAAGCACAGACCGUCCGGUUCCACAUUGGCUCUACCUCGUUUCAGAAUCCUCACGGAAUGCAACACCACCAGUAGCAAUAGCUUCUGUUGUCAAAAUGAAAUGCAUUUCUCAGCUCGGACAACUUUAUAUGUUCUAAUUGAAAUACACAAUGGAUGACAAACAAGUGUCAGUGAUGUCUCCACUAAUGUGGGAUCUGCGCAAAGCCAAGGUACUUGUGCGUUCCUCAACAAUGAGGCAUGAUAUGCUUCAGUGAGUCUAUUGUCCACGGUCGACAGGAUUCGGGAUGCUCCGAUAGCACGAGUCCCCGUCAUGUCUUAAAUCUCGUCUUUUGUAAUCCAUAGGGGUACAGCAUGUAACCUGUUCGGUUACAUCCGUGUAUCCUGAUUUCCGUCGACCCGUGUCGCCAGUACGGGUGCUCUGGAGGCGCUCCCGUGGAUUAGGCCUAGUUGACCGGAUCGUAACGUCGUCCUGCCUCCGAUCAAUCGCGGCAAAUUCACUGACGAGGCCUGAGACAACAUGGUUGCGACAUUUGGAGUCACUGUUGUUUGUGCCCUUUCAGUUUUGCUGCCAACGCCCAUAUUGAGCCAAGGAGGUUGCCGCUGUGAAAAUGGAGGCACGUGUUUAUAUGAUCCAUCUGGAGCGGGAAUAAGAUGCGCAUGUCCGACUGGAUACAGGGGUAUCCUCUGCGAUAUACAAGACGUAAAUUGCCGAUGUGAAAAUGGUGGUGUAUGCAGGAUCAGUGCUCAGAAUGGCUAUGAGUGUUCAUGUCAGGAGGGCUAUGAUGGACUCCUGUGUCAAUACAUUCCACUGGUGGAUGACAAGCUACCUCCUGAAAUUUUCAACUGCCCAUCCGACUUUGAGGCUCGUCGGCAAGCCGGUGAAGAUGCGGUGUUUGUCACGUGGGUGGAACCGUAUGCGACUGAUAACUCGGGACGAGCUCCCUCUGUGGCCAGAAAUGUUGCACCAAACUUCUACGCACAGAGCAAUUACGACUUCCAGGUUGUGUACACGUACACCGACCAGAGUGGCCUCUCAUCGGAGUGCAGAUUUACUGUCACAGUCGUAUACUCCGAUGUCAUUGAGCCCCGACCCAUCUUCAGCGGCUGCCCCGCAGACAUCAACGUGACAGCGACGGACAGCCUCCGGGCUGUUGUCAACUGGUUGGAGCCCAUGCCGGCCGCUGUGAGCCAGGAGGUAAUCAGGGUGGAUCGAAGCCACGCCCCAGGCUCUAUCUUCUUCCUGGGCUCCACCCUGGUGACCUACAUCUUCACCGGGGAGGCCAGCCAGGUUCAGUCCAUGUGCACCUUCACCGUCAACGUUAUAACAGAUGCCUGUCAGUGUGAGAACGGGGGCACUUGUGUACCAGACAACACAAUGACUGGUGUCCGCUGCAUGUGUCGAGCAGGGUACUCUGGGAUUCUCUGUCAACGCCGUACCUGUCUCUGUCAGAACAGUGGUAUCUGCCAGUACGAGCCCUCCAGCAAUGCUGUCAGCUGUCUCUGCCCCAGAGGGUACAGGGGUGUUCUUUGUGAGCAGACAGACGAUCGUUGCGAUUGUGAGAAUGGGGGGACCUGCGUCCAUGACACCGUUAUACCUGGCGGCACAAUGUGUAUAUGCCCUUCAGGCUUCAGUGGGAUUCUCUGCAAUGCAUCAACCACUGUCGAUACCUCACCUCCAACCAUCACCUUCUGCCCAGCCAGCUUCACUAUCAUUAUCAACCCCACCUCCAGUGAUGCCGUCGCGGCCACAUGGCCCCAACCCCAGGCAGAGGAUGACUCUGGCACGCCGCCCUCUGUUGACCAAAAUGUGCCAGUGGGUACUGUAGUGAAUGUGGGUGACAUUUUCGAUGUUGUGUACAAGUUCACCGAUGCAGCUGGCAACGCUGCAUUCUGCAAUUUCACUAUCACUGUUUUGGCACCAGUCGAUACCUCACCUCCAACCAUCACCUUCUGCCCGGCCAGCUUCACCAUCAACCCCACCUCCAGUGAUCCCGUUGCGGCUACAUGGCCCCAACCCCAGGCAGAGGACGACUCUGGCACGCCGCCCUCUGUUGACCAGAAUGUACCAGUGGGUACUCUGGUGAAUGUGGGCAACGUGCUCAAUGUCAUGUACAAGUUCACCGAUGCUGCUGGCAAUGUUGCAUCCUGUAAUUUCACAAUCACUGUUUUAGCACCAGUCGAUACCUCACCUCCAACCAUCACCUUCUGCCCAGCCAGCUUCACUAUCAACCCCACCUCCAGUGAUCCCGUCGCGGCUACAUGGCCCCAACCCCAGGCAGAGGAUGACUCUGGUACACCGCCCUCUGUUGACCAGAAUGUACCAGUGGGUACUCUGGUGAAUGUGGGCGACAUUCUUGAAGUUGUGUACAAGUUCACCGAUGCUGCUGGCAACAUUGCCUUCUGCAAUUUUACUGUCACCGUCUUAGCACCAGUCGAUACCUCACCUCCAACCAUCACCUUCUGCCCAGCCAGCUUCACUAUCAACCCCACCUCCAGGGAUCCUGUCGCGGCUACAUGGCUCCAACCCCAGGCAGAGGAUGAUGCUGGCACACCGCCCUCUGUUGACCAGAAUGUGCCAGUGGGUACUCUGGUGAAUGUGGGUGACAUUCUCGAUGUUGUGUACAAGUUCACCGAUGCUGCUGGCAACAUUGCCUUCUGCAAUUUUACUGUAACUGUUUUGGCGCCAGUCGAUACCUCACCUCCAACCAUCACCUUCUGCCCGGCCAGCUUCACCAUCAACCCCACCUCCAGUGAUCCCGUCGCGGCUAUAUGGCCCCAACCCCAGGCAGAGGAUGACUCUGGCACACCGCCCUCUGUUGACCAGAAUGUGCCAGUGGGUACUCUGGUGAAUGUGGGCGACAUUCUUGAUGUUGUGUACAAGUUCACCGAUGCUGCUGGCAACGUUGCCUUCUGUAAUUUUACAGUCACCGCUGUGGAUAACAUUCCCCCCACCAUCAUUUUCUGUCCUCCCGACAUUGAGAACAUGGCGCCUACUCCCGAGGCCAUGAUCUUUGUCACUUGGGCCAUGCCCCAAGUGUCCGACAACUCGGGCGGGUCAAUCAGAGUUGUUGCAAGUGCACUGCCAGGCCUCUUUGUGAUGGCAGGCACCAUGCAGGCGGUGUCAUAUGUUUUCACUGACGAGUCCGGGAACCAAGCCACGUGUACCUUCAAUAUCAUCAUCACCGUUCUGGAUCCACCCAAGGGCAUCAGCGUUGUUAAUGUCACCACCACGGCUGCCACAUUAGCCCUCGACCCUCCCAGCGUCAACUUUGACAGCUAUAUUGUGAAGGUAGAGGAGCAAGAACUGACGGUGCCGGCGGCGGAAAGCUCCGUGACGUUGUCUGACCUCAUGCCGGGUACCAGUUACAAGGUGUCAGUUGUCAGUGCCAUCAUAUAUGCCCCGGAUGACGUGGUCACCAGCAGAGCGAUCAGUUUAGAAUUCACAACAGUUCCUCUUGAUGUCACAGCCCCUGUGAUAUCUGGCUGUCCAUCCGACAUCACCCUGCCCGCCGGUCAGAAUGUAGCCAAUUGGACAGAGCCUACGGCUGUAGAUGACUCGGGCUUAGACCUGGCGGUCAGCAAAUCCCACGAACCUGGAGCUGUAUUUGCAGAUGAAUCGACCAACGUCACCUAUACCUUCACUGAUGCGACGGGCAACGUGGCCAAGUGCGUCUUCAGUGUCAAACGAAUAUUAGUUUUGGAGCCGCCAACGUCCGUCAGCCUGAUCAAUGUCACAACCACCUCUGUCUUGUUGGCUGUGCUCCCUCCAAACGCCACCUUUGACAACUAUGUGGUCAAUGUACAGGGUCCGGUGUUAACGGUUGACGUUUCAAUUCCUGCAAUGGAAAGCAUUCUUAACAUACCCGGCCUCAUGACCGGCACUAACUACACAGUGUCUGUUUCUACUGCUGUGGCUCUUGGCACAGAGAACGAGGUUGUCAGUGAACCAGUCAGCCUAAAUUUCACAACAGUUCCCCUUGAUCUAAUGGCCCCUGUGAUAUCUGGCUGUCCGUCCGACAUCACCCUGCCUGCCGGCCAGAACGUGGCCAACUGGACAGAGCCUACGGCUGUAGAUGACUCAGGCUUAGUUCCAGUGGUCAGCAAAUCCCACGAACCUGGAGCUGUCUUUGCAGAUGAAUUGACUAAUGUCACCUACACAUUUACCGAUGCAGCCGACAACACAGCUGAGUGUGUCUUCAUCGUCAAGCGAAUAUUGGUUCUGGAACCACCAGCAUCCAUCAGCCUCUUCAACGUCACAGCCACUUUCGCCACGUUCACCUUGAUGCCUCCCAAUGUCACCUUUGACACCUACGUGGUGACCGUGCGAGGCAGAGACCAAAUAGUAGGCAUCACCGUUCCUGCGACAGAAGGGGUGCUACCACUGCCCGACCUCAUGCCAGACACCAAUUACACAAUGACCGUCUCCACGGCUGUGGCUUAUGGCACAGACAACGAGGUCAUCAGUGAACCAAUCGUUGUUGAGUUUUCAACAGAUCCCGUCCCAGUGAUCACCAACUGCCCAUCUGACGUCAUGCUCAAUGUCACCCACCCGAGUGGUGUGGCCGUGGGCGUCUGGGUAGAGCCCACCGCAGUCAGCGGCAGGGAGGUGGUGCCGUUUUCUGAGCGGACCCGUCGGCCUGGGUCCAGCUUUGGGGAAGGGACGACCGUGGUGACCUACGUGUUCCGGGACUCCAAGGGUUACGAGGCCACGUGUUCGUUCACCGUGAAUGUCGCUGUCAUCAUGAGAGUCAUUCCAGAUCCACCCAUUUCAGUCGAUGUUGCCAACGUCACAACAUCAUCUGCUGUUGUGACCUGGAUUGGGCCAAAUUCGACCUUUGACUCUGUUGUGGUGACCGUCUCCAGCGCCAAGACCACAAACGUGACCUCCCUCACUGCACCUCAGAACUCGCUGGUCCUGACGGCACUGAUACCCGACACCAACUACACAGUCGAAGUAUCCACUGUGAUUGGCACUGAUAUAAACUUGCAGGAAGUCAGUGAACCAGUCGUAGCGUUUUUCAGAACAGUUGCCCUUGACCUCACGGCCCCUGUAAUAUCUGGCUGUCCGUCCGACAUCACCCUGCCUGCCGGGGAGAACGUAGCCAACUGGAUAGAGCCUACGGCCGUAGAUGACUCGGGCUUAGUUCCAGCGGUCAACAAAUCCCACGAACCCGGAGCUGUGUUUGUUGAUGAAUCCACUAACGUCACCUAUAGAUUUACUGAUGCAGUCGGCAACACGGCUGAGUGUGUGUUUACUGUCAAGCGAAUAUUGGUUCUCGAGCCACCAGUGUCCUUCAGCCUGAUCAGUGUCACCACCACCUCUGCCAUGUUUGCCUUGGUUCCUCCAAACGUCACCUUUGACACCUACUUAGUCGAAGUUCAGGGCCAGGUAUCGAUGGAUAAUGUUUCAAUUCCGUCAACGGAAAACACUCUAAGCUUACCCGGCCUCAUGCCUGGCAAUAACUACACUGUGUCAGUUUCUACUGCUGUGGCUCUUGGCACGGAGAACGAGGUUGUCAGUGAACCUGUCAGCCUAGAUUUCACAACGGAGACCCUGGACACCACUGGUCCUGUGAUAUCUGGCUGUCCAUCUGACAUCACCCUGCCUGCUGGUCAGAAUGUAGCCAAUUGGACAGAGCCUACGGCCGUAGAUGACUCGGGCUUAGUUCCGACAGUCAGCAAAUCCCACGAACCUGGAGCUGUCUUUGCUGAUGAAUUGACUAACGUCACCUACAUGUUCACUGAUGCAGCCGGCAACACAGCUGAGUGUGUCUUUAUUGUCAAGCGGAUCUUGGUUCUUGAACCGCUGGUGUCUGUCAGCCUGAUCAAUGUCACAACCACCUCCGCCUUGUUUGUUUUGGUCCCUCCUAACGUCACCUUUGACACCUACGUGGUGAAAGUUCAGGGCCAGGUUUUAACAGUCGAUGUUUCAAUUCCGUCAACGGAAAGCGUUCUAAACAUACCUGGCCUCAUACCUGGCAAUAACUACACGGUGUCAGUUUCUACUGCUGUGGCUCUUGGCACAGAGAACGAGGUUGUGAGUGAACCAGUCAGCCUAGAUUUCACAACAGUUCCCCUUGAUGUCACGGCCCCCGUUAUAUCCGGCUGUCCGUCUGACAUCAGUCUGCGUGUUGGUCAGAACGUGGCCAACUGGACAGAGCCUACGGCCGUAGAUGACUCAGGCUUAGUUCCGGCGGUCAGCAAAUCCCACGAACCUGGAGCUGUUUUUGCCGAUGGAUCAACUAAUGUCACCUACACAUUCACCGAUGCUGCUGGCAACACGGCUGAGUGUGUCUUCACCGUCCGUGUGUCAACUGACGUAACACCGCCCGUCAUUAGCAAUUGCCCAGCUGAUAUCACUCUGCCACUGGGAAUAACUGUCGCUGAUUGGACUGAGCCGAUGGCUACUGAUGACUCUGGAGCUCUGCCGUCUAUUCUCAAGUCCCAUGAGCCGGGCGACAGUUUUCCAGUAGGAGAUACCACUGUGACGUACACGUUUACUGAUGGAGCAGGGAACCAGGCAAACUGCACUUUUCUAGUCACUGUAGCAGUUGAUACAAUACCACCAGUCAUCAGCAACUGUCCUGCCGACAUCUUGCUGCCGUUAGCCUCCACUCUGGCAAACUGGACUGAGCCCACAGCUACCGACAACUUAGGCCAACCGCUGAGCGUCACCAAAACUCACGAGGCUGGCACCGACUUCCCUGAAGGAAAUACUACGGUCCUGUACACAUUCACUGAUGCGGCAGGGAACCAGGCCAACUGCUCAUUCAUUGUAACUGUGGUUGUGGAUAGCGUUGCACCUCUUGUCAUGAACUGCCCGUCCAACAUCAGCAUACCAUUCGGCAAUGACACAGCUAGCUGGACAGAGCCCACGGCCACUGACAAUUCAGGCCAGGCCCCCAGCGUGGCCAGUUCACACCAGCCAGGGGCGGACUUCACAGAUGACGUGACACUGGUGACUUACACAUUCACAGACAUCUCAGGGAACCAGGCCAACUGCGUGUUCUUUGUGAUUCGUCUGCAAGAUGACAUCUCACCAGUCGUUAGCGGUUGCCCCGGGGUCAUCAACCUUCCCCCCGGCACCAAUGUGGCCAGCUGGGACGAGCCCACAGCCACUGACAACUCCGGGCAGGUGCCCACCGUGACCAAGACCCAUGAGUCGGGCAACGUCUUCACGGAGAACGUGACCAUGGUGGUUUACACCUUCACUGAUGCAGCCGGAAACGAGGCCCUCUGCAUCUUCUUUGUCAAGCUCGCCCCAGUUGAUGACAUUCCACCGGUCAUCGUUGAUUGCCCAUCCGACAUGAAUGUCACUCUCCCACUGACACAGCUGGGCGGCGUCGUGGUCUCCUGGGUGGAGCCCUCUGCCACUGACAGCUCGGGUGUGGUGCCAUCUGUGGACCGCACCCACCAGCCACGUCAGGUCUUCCCAGAGGGCGCAACCACGGUGACGUACACGUUCAGCGACAGCUCCGGAAAUGAGGCCGUCUGCUCCUUUGUCAUCAGCGUGGAACGAGAAGAGGACGUGAUCCCACCGGUCAUUGUCAACUGCCCACCAGACCAAGCUUACGUCAUCCCUGCAGGGAACCAAUUUAUGAUCAUCACGUGGAAUCCGCCCUCUGCCAUUGAUAACUCCGGUGUGCAGCCUACAGUUGAGAGCAAUCGCAUCCCAGGGGAUGUGUUUGCAGAGGGUACUACAGUCGUCAUGUACAAUUUCACUGAUCCAGCUGGCAACUCGGCCACCUGCGAGUUUAAUAUCACACUGUCAACUCCUGUGUUGAACCCUUGUCAGAGUAACCCCUGCCGUUCCAAUGAAAACUGCUUCUACAGUGCCACCGACUUCAUCUGCGUACCGGGACCAUUCAGGAAGAAGAGAGAAGUCUUGGACAUGAAAGAUGGUACUGUUGAUAUCUGUCCAUGUAAGAAUGGAGGAUCCUGCGUGAGAGAAGCAUUGCUGGAUGGUACGCAGUGCAUUUGCCCGGAGGGUUUCACAGGAAUUCUUUGCCAGGAAGGUGGCCACGCGAAGGAGACGCAUCAACAGGUUUCCCCGGAGCUCGUCCUUGUGACCUCGCUCCCUGCUCUCGUCUUCCUCUGCCUCAUGCUGGUAGCAGUCUACCAACUCAAAAGACUGGAAAAAAAUAAGCCCAGCCACGAUAUGCGAAUUGUUGUCUUGUAGUUGUGAAAUUGUAAGCUUAGUGUCUGCAUUCUACUGUUUUGUACCGUUAAAUGAAUACAGAUUUGUAUCGUCGUUACUUUUAUCCGUAUUUUUAUGUUAAAACCUAUGUAACCGUAAUUUUUUCCCGCAAUUUUUAUUCAGAUAUCAAAGGAAAUUUCUGAGUUAUAAUUGUAAAGGAUUCCUUUUUUUACAAGUACAAAACGUCAGAAUCUUAUUCAACUAAUGCUAAUGAAAAUUCAGUAACGUUUUACAUCAAAUUUUGUACUUCAUUCAAUCGUUUUCGUUUCUUCUCGUGCCGAAUGCCGUUUUAAUGUGUGAGUUAUUAUCCUUGUUUAUUUCUGUUUGUAUUUGUUCUUAAUAAUAUGCAUUAUUGUUUUUAAUGUAAAUAUCUAUUUAAACAGCGUGGCUUGGUUGCAUGUAGUGUAGAUCGUAUUAAUUAUUGUCUGGUGAAUUUUUGGCACUUUUAUUGAAUGGAAUGUCACGUUCAGUUAACCUUUAUCAUCAGGUCACGUUCAUGACGUCAAUUGCAAUACAAUAACUGAGGAAUUAGACAGGUAGAAUUUGUGCAGGUUUAGCAUUUCUUAAAAUCUUCCAUUGUUUUUGAACUUUUGGUGAUAUUCUUUCGUGCUUACGUCUAGAUUCCAACCUUAACAACGGUUCCUUUGUCUGUGAAAAGUGCCUGGGGAUCUGUAUCCUUAGAAUGGUCAAACUUAUGAAUAUGCUUCGUCUUUAUGGUCAAUAGCAUAAUUAUAUUUCGAUGUGUUCUUUUGCAUAACAUGAUUUUCGACAAUUCCUUAGUCAAUUGGGCAAAUAUCAGGUGGCUGCCCAGACUUAGUCGAAGCAGGGAUUUAGAACCGUCUUUGCACAGAUUGUCACUAAGGUUUAUAUACACGAUAGUUUAAGAUUUUAACAAAUGUACACAGGGCCCUAUUUGGCAGCGCUGCUAAGCACACAAUUUUACAGUAACAGAGGUUCCGUGGAUCUCAGGCUGUAAGCAGUAAGGACAGCAAAAGGCAUGCUUACCUCGGAGGAAUCUCUGCGCGUGUCUACCUGUGCAUAACCACGGCAAGCAACGCCAUGAAAUAGUGCUAUAACUGGCAAAAUCUUGGAGAUGUCAGAGACAUGCGUGGGUGUGAUGGAGUGCAUAUUUAAUUUUGUCCAUGGUGCUGAGCUGACACUUAAUAUGAAACCUUGUUGUAGAUACUCUCUUUAAAUCAAAGUUAAAAACCGCCUCAAAAAACAUUUUCGCUUUGCCGAUAGGAACUAGCAUGGGUAUGUAAUAAAUUAACCGAUGGAAAUAUUUGAUUGUACUUACCAAGUUUUGAUUUUUUGCUUUAAAACGAUUAAUUGUAAAGCUGUCUCAGUCUUUUAUCGUCUGAUUUUAAAUGGAUAAAUUGUAAACAGUGAAUAUCCUUGGACUGUAGCUUUUUGUUUUAUAUGUAUGCAAAACUUUAAAUCCCAAAGUCUCAAGUAUAGUUUCACACGAAAGUCUUGGCAUUAUAACAGUGUCAACAAUGAUCGUUUUACUCAUAAAACAAGCUUUGUAACGUGUUGAUGGCUCGUAGAACCACAAACUGGUAAUUGCGGUCUUAAUGUUUGGUUUUCGGUUUUCUUAUCGUCAGUGUAAUGGUGUUUUAUUUUCAGAUGUGUUCAUGGAAUCGAGGAACAGUUUCUUGCUUUUGCUGUGCUCAGUUUUAAGACAAGAACAAUUAUAUCAGUAUGCACCGACACUGAGUAGUGAGCGGUUCCCUGCCGAGUCAGUAA